AUGUUACGGAACAGGGCCCUGGCUGUUCUGCAGAAGACCUACGAUGAUAGCUAUCUAAGCUGCUCAACUGCCAUCUACUAUGAAGGCCAGGGAAGCGAAGCUGAGGCGAUGCGACACUGGAAAGCUGCCUUAGAUCAAAUAUACGACUACAACGCAAAUCGGGCGCCUCCUUCAUACAGUCCGCGUACAGAUACCGAGAAGGCUUUACAAGAGGCUCUGAAACAACUCGAACUACAAUGCAAAGAGCGAAUCGACCUCCUCGAAGCUCUCCGAGUAUCACGACAAGAAGAUUCGACGCUGACACCUGGCAAGUUGACAAAACGUCCAGGUCUACCUGAGGGUAGUGGCUCUCUAGGACAGGGCACAAUCACUGCCAUGCAAUACUCGGAGCUUUCAAGGCCAUCCCUUCCGCACCGCCCAUCGCAACCUCGCCGCACAUCGUCAGAGCUCGCUACGGUUGAUGGGCCCAGCACAUAUCUCGAUCCAAACCUUCCUCCUAUGCCGCGAUCUGCUUCACCUGGAGGGCCUGCUUUACCUCCAAGACCGAACAAGACGUUACGAACACCAAGUCCCGAAAAGCACACUAUGAGAACCACAUUGCGCUCCGGGAAACCAGGAGAGAAGUCUACUAAGCCACGCAAACCAUCAAAGCCUCUUGCCGAAGGCUCAAGUAAGGCUGCGACUUUAGCAUGGAGUGCCCUGGGCUCUAAAGAUAGGUAUAUGAGAGGAACCCAAUCGGAACUCGCUCCAGCUACUGUGAGCCCCAGUUCCCGUACGUCUCUGGAUCAAACACGAAGGCCAGCGCCAACGCAGUGGGAUAGCCACUCGCGACGACUUGUUGUACCCCGGGAUCGUGAUUUUGACGGAGAUUCGUCUGGAAAUACCCGGCACUCUGAUGAAUACUGCUAUUCUCGCCCGUCGAUGUUAUCAGUGACCGCUGCUUCCAGCGCACUCAAUUCUUCGUCAUAUCAGGACUUGCCUUCUUCGGAUGCCUAUGCCGGCCGAAGUGAGCGGCCACCGAAUCCUUUCAUUGCUUCGCCGUCGCCUCGCAAGGUCUCUCGACAAGAACUGGCCAAUGAUACCGAGACUGCCGAUGAUUCUGGUGAGGGCUCAGAGCGGAGAAGCGCUUCAAACAAUAUUCCAACUAGGGGUUCAGCAGCCAGACAACCCACAAGGCCUUUGAAGCCUGCAAAGGUCAAUUCCGAGGCUCUAGAUCGCUCCCGAAGGCGCGGUCGUAAAACCCGACAGGCUUCGAUUUCCAGUACAUCUGGCGAGGAUACAACCCAGCGAGAUUCAAAGCCACGCCGUGUCAAAGCAAAGGAAGCCCCUAUAGAAGCUGGCUCACAGGAGGAAGAUUCGGACGCAUCUGAGGCAGACAAGAGCCCCGAUGAUAUGACUGAAUGGAAGAACAAGAAGAAACAGAUUCUUAAGAACUUGCCUCCAGGGGUUGACACUGCAGCUGCCAAGCAGAUCUUGAACGAUAUUGUUGUUCAAGGUGACGAGGUCCGUUGGAAUGAUGUGGCCGGUCUCGAAAUAGCCAAAAAUGCUCUUCGCGAAACUGUUGUGUAUCCAUUUCUACGGCCUGAUCUAUUCAUGGGCCUUAGAGAACCCGCCAGGGGCAUGUUACUGUUCGGGCCACCAGGAACUGGAAAAACUAUGCUCGCAAGGGCUGUGGCAACAGAGUCCAAGUCUACUUUCUUCUCGAUCUCAGCCAGCAGUCUAACAAGUAAAUACUUGGGAGAGUCGGAAAAGCUAGUGCGAGCUCUGUUUGGCCUGGCUCGAACAUUGGCACCCAGCAUUAUUUUUGUUGACGAGAUCGAUUCGCUACUGUCUCAGCGGUCAGGUUCGGGAGAACAUGAGGCUACUAUGAGAAUCAAGACAGAAUUCCUCAUCCAAUGGAGUGAUCUCCAACGAGCGGCUGCUGGAAGAGAAACGACGGAAAAGGACAAGGAAAGGGGAGAUGCCAAUCGGGUUCUUGUACUAGCAGCAACAAAUCUUCCUUGGGCAAUUGACGAGGCAGCGCGAAGACGAUUUGUACGACGGCAAUACAUCCCGUUGCCCGAACCAACUACCCGUGAGACGCAGCUCCGGACUUUGCUAGGGCAACAAAAGCAUGACCUUUCCAAUGAGGAUAUCCUCAAAUUGGUUGAAAUGACGGACGGGUUUUCGGGCUCAGACAUUACAGCGUUGGCUAAGGACGCAGCCAUGGGACCAUUGCGGUCUCUGGGAGAAGCACUGUUACAUAUGACGAUGGAUGAGAUUCGACCAAUUCAGCUACUUGACUUCGAGGCAAGUUUGACAACAAUUAGACCCAGUGUUAGUAAAGCUGGCUUAAAGGAAUAUGAGGAUUGGGCUCAAGAGUUUGGAGAACGAGGUGGAUAG